AUGUAUCAACGCGCACUCCUUUUCUCCGCCCUGGCGGCGGCAGCCCGUGCCCAGCAAGCUGGCACACUGACACCCGAGACCCAUCCCUCUUUGACCUGGCAAAAGUGCACUGCUGAGGGCAGUUGCGCUGACCAGAAGGGCUCUGUUGUCAUCGACUCCAACUGGCGUUGGCUUCACUCCGUCGACGGUUCUACCAACUGCUACACUGGAAACGAGUGGGAUGCGACUCUCUGCCCCGAUGACAAGACUUGCGCCGAAAACUGUGCCCUCGACGGUGCUGACUACGCCGGCACCUACGGUGCGACCACCAGUGGCAAUGCCCUCACUUUGACCUUCGUCACUGGUGCCAACGUUGGCUCUCGUCUGUUCCUGAUGGAGGACGAAAGUACCUACCAGAUGUUCAAGCUGAAGAACCAGGAGUUCACCUUCGAUGUGGAUACUUCUGAGCUGCCCUGCGGACUCAAUGGAGCUCUGUACUUUGUCUCCAUGGAUGCCGACGGUGGCUUGGCUAGAUUCGAGGGCAACAAGGCAGGUGCCAAGUACGGAACUGGCUACUGUGAUUCUCAGUGCCCUCGUGAUCUGAAGUUCAUCAACGGCCAGGCCAACGUGGAGGGAUGGAAGCCUUCCGAGAAUGACAAGAACGCUGGUGUUGGUGGCCACGGAGCUUGCUGCCCUGAGAUGGAUAUCUGGGAAGCCAACAGCAUCUCCACUGCUUUCACUCCUCACCCUUGCGACAGCCCCGAACAGACCAUGUGCGAGGGCGACGAAUGUGGUGGAACUUACUCCGCCACCCGCUACGCCGGAACCUGCGAUCCCGAUGGAUGCGACUUCAACUCCUACCGCAUGGGCAACGAGAGCUUCUACGGCCCCGGCAUGACCGUCGACUCCAAGUCCAAGAUGACCGUUGUCACCCAGUUCAUCACCAGCGACGGCACCGACUCCGGCGCCCUCAGCGAGAUCAAGCGUAUCUACGUGCAGGACGGAAAGGUCAUCGCCAACUCCGCCUCGGAUGUCAGCGGCGCCACCGGAAACUCGAUCACACCGGAAUUCUGCACAGCCCAGAAGAAGGCCUUCGGUGAUGAGGAUAUCUUCGCUCAGCACGGUGGUCUGUCCGGCAUGGGUGACGGUCUGGACCAGGGAAUGGUUCUCGUCAUGAGCUUGUGGGAUGACCACUACGCUAACAUGCUCUGGUUGGACGGCGAGGCCUACCCCACUGAUGCUUCUCCCUCUGACCCUGGUGUUGCUCGCGGCACAUGCGCCACCACCUCCGGCGACCCAGCCACCGUCGAGCAGGAGCACGGCUCGGCCACGGUGACCUACUCCAACAUCAAGGUCGGCCCCAUUGGCUCCACUUUCGCUUCUUCCUAA